AUGGCCGUCCUCUCUGGACUGCUGGCCGCCAGCCCAGCCUCUGCCGCUCCCCACAACCGACCACAGGGGCAGGGAGGCAAGGGCAAGUGCCAGCUUGCAGGAGCUGCUUACCUGACAACCAACGGCGAAGCCAACUUCGUGGUCUCUCUGGGUGUUGAGAAGAACGGCAUGCUUUCCAAGGGCAAGAUGGUCGCGACGGGCGGCUGCGGAUCCGCGAGCAUCGACGGCAGCACAAAAGAGCCCGCCAAGGCGGAUCCUCUUGUAUCGCAAUCUGCGCUGACGGUCGCUGGGAAGAGCCUGUUCGCCGUCAACGCCGGAACGAACGAUGUCAGCAUGUUUUCGAUCGACGACGCCGACCCGACCAAGCUCGUCAUGGUCGGUAUGCCCGCCAAAGUGCCUGGCGAGUUCCUCAACACUGUCGCCGCGUCAGCCAAACACAAAAUCGUAUGCGCGGCAGCCACAGGAGCCGUGGCCGGCGUGUCUUGUGCCUCCUUUGAUGAAACUAACGGUGUCGGCGCGAUGGACGCUCUCCGCCCCAUCGACCUCGGCCAGACGACACCACCUGUUGGUCCCACCAACACCGUCUCCCAAGUCCUCUUCUCCGAGGAUCAGAACACGCUCUUCGCGAUCGUCAAAGGCGACCCAGCCACACCCGGCAAGACGGGCUUCAUAGCCGCAUUCCCCGUGACCGCUGCGCAGGGCAACACCGCCGCCAGCGUCAGUGCCCAGGGCAAGCAGUCGUCUCCGGCCGACACACUGGUGCUCUUCGGCUCGACCACUUUGCCCGGGUCCAGCGACAUCUUCGCGACCGACGCGUCCUUUGGCGCAGCAGUCCUCUCGGUUGCGGCAGACGGCACCACUACGACCAAGAACCGCGGCGUCGUCGACGGACAGGCGGCAUCCUGCUGGGCAGCCUUCUCCCCGGCCACCAAGACGGCCUUCAUUGCAGACGUGGGCGUCAAUCGGCUCGUCGAGAUGUCGGUCCAGGACGCGUCGAUUGUGCGCGAGCUGGAUCUCAGUGCCAACAAGCAGUCGGGCAUGAUUGACCUGAAGGCUCUGGGCGGGAUGGUCUAUGCGCUCGCGCCGGGCAACAACGAGACGGCGCCCGCGGUCGUGGUGGUCGAUGCCAAGGGCGGCAAGCAGGUGCAGGUUAUGGAUCUUGGGGCGCUGGGUGUGACGGGGCGGGUGCAGGGCAUGGCGGUGCUGGGGCUUUGA